AAGUCGGCAGAAACAACUUCUCAGACGCGGCGUCGCGAGCGAAGGAAUACUACUCCGAGCGACAUUUGGAUUAUACUUUGGCCAGCGCGCUUUGACUGGAUUUUAAUAUUUCCGAGCUCUUCCGGAGACUUGUGGAUUACUAUUAUUUGAAGCAAAAUGACCCUGGAAGAAGUCGUUGGAUGCAACAUCACUGAUAAAAAAAUGGACACCGUGAGCCAAGCAUUGGAAGAGCUGCUGGCAGCAGCGCAGAGACAGGACUGUCUCACCGUCGGCGUUUAUGAGUCUGCAAAACUAAUGAAUGUAGACCCGGAUUGUGUCGUACUGUGCGUUCUGGCCACCGACGAGGAGGACCAGGACGACAUUGCCCUGCAGAUUCACUUCACGCUCCUUCAGGCGUUCUGCUGCGACAACGACAUCAACAUCCUGCGGGUGUCCGGGCUGAGACGCCUCGCACAGGUGCUCGGGGAGCCCGCCACCGUGGACAACAACGAGCCGAGGGAUUUCCACUGCAUAAUAGUCACCAACCCCCAGUGCCAGCCGCUCAAAUGCCAGGCGCUGAAAGACGUGGGCAACUACUGCGAAGAAAGCCGCUGCAAAAACCAGUGGAUCCCCUAUCUGUCCCUGCAGGAACGCUGAACGGACCGCGGUGCUUUUUCGAUGCAACGAAAGGAUGAACGAGUCAUUCCCCGCGAAUGAAAAGGAGGAAAAAAAAAGGGGCUCCGCGCCAGCCGCCGGUGACCGCUGCGUCACGAGAAGGGGCUGCGAGAGAGAGAAGUGGAGCUCUUGGGGACCGUGCGCGCACGGGACCGGUACAUUCCAGCUUGUCGUGACCUCCGCGGGGGGUAGCGGAGGAACAAGCUGUGGGAACACGAACUGCGAAAGGCCGCCCGUCGGCGCGCGCGCUCGCUCGCGGAGAACCUGCGCGCGGGCGGCGUGGGCGCGCAACGGGUUGGAAAGGGACGAGCGUGCGUCACUAUCGAACAUUUUGCGAACGCCGACUGAACGAUGCGUGUACGUGCCGGGCUAUAGCGACAAUAUAGUGACUGAACCCGCUAUAAAAGGACCGCAAUCGCUUCUGUUAGACUGCACUGUGUCUGUGGAACAAGAAAAAAAUGACUUCUGUUGAGAAAUGCAUACUAUGAAUUGGUGUAAGUUAUUUGCGGUAAUUUAAAAAGACUUAAUAUAUGCAUUGCUGCUUUUUGUCAAAUGCGAUGUUGUUUCAAUAAAUUAUUGACUGAGAAUUGUA